AAACUUUAUGGAAAUGUCUUCACAGUCUGAACCCAAAAGUUAAAAAUACACCAUAUGAAUUAGCCACAGAAGAUAACAAUACAACUAAAAGUAAAAAAUCAAUAGCAGAAACUUUUAAUAACUUUUUCACUUCCUGUGCUGAAAAAUUAAGAGAACAAGGAAGUUAUACACCUGUAAACAAAGCAGAUUUCAGUAAUCUUGCAGAAUUUGGAAUCAUGCAAUAUAAUUCAAACCGUCGCAUGUGAACUCAAAGUCGAUCGAUAAGAUGGCAGCACAUGAUAAUAAAGGGUUCAGCCAGGACGAUGAGGACAAAAUAACAUCAAGUACUAAUGAAACAGGAGAACCAAAUCAAGACCAACAAACCAUUGAUUGGGAUAUUUUCCAAGAAAACAGGAGCGCAGCUAAGUAUGUGAAGUCUGACGAGUUCUGGAAAACUUCUGAAAAGAUCUUGACAGUGAUUUUUGUUGGUUUUCUUUUCCUUGUCGUUUCCGGUACAGCAUUACUAUCACGUGUAACGAUACAUAUCCUUGUGUGGCACAUAAAGCCGCCAGAACUGCCACGAAACAAUGAUACAAAUGCCACGUUCCAAACUAAACAGUCACUCUAUCAUGUUGUGGAUGAAACUUGGAUAUGGGCAUUGUUUAUCACAAUAGUGGCUCCGUAUGGCUUUACUAUGUGUUCAUCUCUAAAAACUAUGUGUUUGAAAAAGACUCGAGUGCUUCACUUUAAAAGUGUGUUUGUGAUAUUGUUUUUCGAGAGUUUACACAGUAUUGGUUUGGUGUGUUUUGUAUAUAUAGUUUUACCGACCUUUAAUGCCCCCGCCGCUUCGAUUGUGUAUAUGUCAAAAUUAGUAUUACUGCCAUUAAUCGAAUUAGUAAGUACGUGUACGAGAAAUGGACCAGACAAUGGUGAAAGAAAAGGCGAUACAUGUAGGUACUUUGUAACAGUAUUUGGAGUUUUACUGCAGAUAGGUGGCAUUGCCUUAAUAUGUGUUUACAUGUCAUGGAAUAAUCUUAACGUAGAUAACACUGUAUUAGUUAUCAUUUUUGUGGUAUCAGCAAUAUUCAUUUCGUUGACGUACUGGGAAAAUUUUGUGAAAUCAUCUGCCGACAAAAGCAACUGGCUGUCACAUUUGAAAUGGAUCUACCAAACAAGACGAACAAAAAUCUUGUGUAUUGUUAGCUUCUGGAAAAUCAUAAUAUCUUUUAUAACAAUCCUCGUUUUGUACGCAAUACAAGCUGAAAACGCUUUAGAUGGUAUCAAAGCUAUUUUCAAUUCGGACGAAUCUAGAUUAAAAUAUGAUUUCGGUGGCCAUUUUCUUGGUAAGACUGACAUCUGCAAGGCAUAUAUUCCAUACGUCGUUGCUGCUGUAAACAUAUGCAGUAGUUACAUAUGUGCAAAGGCUGCAAAGACAGCAUGUGUGACCGGAUGUCAAAUAUUGUGUUUCUCAAUACCGCUUAUACUGACACCUGUCUUGACACCGUUUGCUCUACAAGGACUUGUAUCAUAUCCAGAUAUUUUAGAUUUCAAAGACUGUGAUAUGUUUUUCUCCCGCUGGAACCUUGAAUCUAUGGAGAAUAUAUCUGACAGCUGGCCUCUUGUUGCUGGUGGGUUACUGCUGUAUAUAUCUAUACUGUUUAUUUCAAGUUACAUAUGGACGACUAACGGCUUUAUAUUAGGAAAAACCCAAAGAAUGUUUAUAUUACCUAUGUACUGUGGUAUACAUACAGACCUGUCGUUGUUACUGAACAGAAGUCAAAAGGAUAAAGAGUUCGAUUUCAUCAGAGAAAUGGAGAGAAAUAAAAGAUUUGAAAAAGAGAAAAAAAGACCCAACCAAAAACAUGACAAAUGCAACAAACCAGAGGAGCGGUCAAAGAUUUAUGCUUGUGCCACAAUGUGGCAUGAAACAGAAAUAGAAAUGACGCAACUAUUGAAAUCAAUAUUCAGAAUGGAUAAACACCACCACAUGAUAAAAACUGCUAGACAAUCCAAUGUAGAUAAAGACAACCUCCUUGACUACGAUUUUGAAGCUCAUAUCUUUUUUGAUGACGCUUUUGAAAGCCCGAGGAUAGAUCAAGAUUUCCCAGAUGUAAAUGAUUAUGUGAAAAUUUUGAUCAAGGUAAUGGAUACAGCUGCGAGUGCAGUGCAUCGAACUGUUAUACAACUUGAAGAAUACGAAAUGAUUAGGACGCCGUACGGAGGAAGACUUACUUGGAAAUUGUUGGGAGGAAAUUCUCUUGUGUGUCAUCUGAAAGACAAAACAAAAAUUCGACACAAAAAACGAUGGAGUCAGGUGAUGUAUAUGUACUACUUCCUCAGUUAUCGACUUCCUAAUAAAAUUGACAGAAUUGUUGAUAAUUCCUACAACACUUUCUUACUGGCACUAGAUGGCGAUGUAGAUUUUCAACCGGAAGCAGUGAUGCAUCUUGUCCGUCGAAUGAGAAAAAAUCCAAUGGUUGGAGCUGCAUGUGGAAGAAUUCAUCCGAUUGGCCACGGUCCACUUGUGUGGUAUCAAAAAUUUGAAUAUGCAGUCAGCCACUGGCUUCAAAAGGCAACCGAACAUGUUAUUGGAUGUGUACUGUGUAGUCCCGGAUGCUUCAGUUUGUUCCGAGGCUCUGCAGUAAUGGACGUAUUGAAAACGUAUACAACUGAACCAUCUGAAGCUAGGCAUUUCAUACAGUACGAUCAAGGUGAAGAUCGAUGGCUGUGCACACUACUAUUGAAACAAGGACACCGUGUUGAAUACUGUGCUGAAAGUGAUGCACUGACCUAUGCACCGGAAGGAUUCAAUGAGUUUUAUAAUCAACGUCGGCGCUGGACCCCGUCAACAAUGGCAAACAUCUUAGAUUUGUUAACAGAUUGUCGAGCUACUGUGACACAAAAUCAAAGUAUAUCAACCCUUUAUAUGGCCUACCAACUGUUUCUGUUUAUAUCAUCGUUGCUUACCCCCGGAACUAUUUUUUUGAUGAUUGUGGGCGCCAUUAUAGUAGGAUUUCCGUCUGUUCCACCAUGGCUGUCAUUGAUUUUGAACCUUAUUCCUGUUGGAUUGUUUAUGUUGUCUUGCAUAUUCACAAAAUCAGAAACACAAUUACUUUUUGCUGGGAUUUUGUCAGCAAUCUACUCCAUUGUUAUGUUACUGGUAUUGGUAGGUAUCACUAAAGAAGCGGCGGAAGAAGAAUUAUGUUCUGUCACUACAGUUUUCCUAUGCUUCGUGGCAGGAGUGUUUAUCAUCUCAGCGUUUUUACACCCAAAGGAAUUCUCGUGCAUCAUGCAUGGAAUUUUAUAUUUUGUUUCCAUUCCAUCAAUGUCAAUGUUGUUAUUACUGUAUUCACUUGGCAACCUGCACGUUGUUUCUUGGGGAACACGAGAGGUUAAACAGCCAGUCGUCCAAAAAAACAAAACGGAGAACCAAAUGAAAGACACAGAAUCAGGAUACACACUAUCGCUUGGGAAAAUAUUUAGGUGUAUUUGGUGUCCAAUGGGGGGAAUACACAAGCAGGACAUUAUGUACCAGACAAUACUAGACAGAAUAAAGUCGCUUGAACAUGAACUCAAAAGGACUUCAGAUGGUGAACAUAAGCUGCAAUCAAUCGAUGAUAAAGACGUAGAAAAUACCACGAAUUUAGAGGAAACGAAAGUAUCUGUAACUGACGUCAGGAUAACAAUUCAUAAUGACAAAAUUCAAGAAGAGACACAGACAAAGACUGUAAAUUUUGAAACGGCGAAGCCAUUAACCAAAGAAGAAGAAACGUUUUGGGAACAGCUAAUUGAAAAAUAUUUGAAACCACUAGAGAAAAAUGAUGUAAAGGAGAAGAUGAUAAAAGAAGAACUAAUAGCACUACGGAACAAAUGUUGCUUGUUUUUCUUUCUUAUAAACGCCUUUCUGGUUACUUUAAUUUACGCUUUGACACAGACUACUGCAUAUAGCGAUACUCUCUCAAUAAAAAUCGAAUGUAUGUCAAUUGAACCGAUAUCUGUGACCUUCACCAUUGUCUUUGGAAUUCUUCUGUGUAUUCAAUUUAUUUGUAUGCUAUACCAUCGGAUAUCGACAUUGAUUCAUAUCACUGCAACCACAUCCAUCAAAGAAAAACCUGAUGAGAUAGCAAAUCUGCUCCUAGCCAUUCAAGUUUUGCAAAGGUCGGGUUCUGUAGAUAGCAGAAUAUCCGCCAGGACCGAAGACUAUCAAUAUGUAUUCGAAGAAAACAAAAAGAAGGAAAUACAAUGUAUGAUAGAAAAGGUGAGAAAUAAGAGAGUAAGGCAAAGAUUACUCGAUCUCGAUCAAGUAGUCAGAGAAGCUAUUCCAAUUAACGAUGUGAUAGAAGGUCAGAAUAAUAAAAUCGAACAAGAUAAUGCCAUUCUUCGACAGUUUGGUCAAUUAACAGGAAAGGAACGGGAAGCUAUGAGGAAAUUUAUCAAUGGGAAACAGAAAAAAGUCUUGAAAAACAAACUGGAUAAGGAAGUAAUUUUGAAUGAGAACACAACUCAGCUUUAAUAAUUAUGCAAUGAUGAAAAUAUAUUUAAUAUGAAUUAUAAUUGAUAACAUUCACAAAAGUUUAUUUUGUGUCAUAUA